AUGACUGAGGCCCCAAACGAAAAGCAGCUGGAAGGGACCUCUUUUGACCCCGUACCGCCCGCGGAUUCCGCAUCGUCCCACGAUGCAUAUCCUCCCGGAGACAAGGAGAAGUUGGGGGAGCAGGACAACCUCCGGCCAACAGAGAGUGCAGUGGAGCGUGCCGGUGCCGAGGAUGGCGACAGGAGAAACGACCUGGACCGCCUUCAAAGCUCAGCUACCGCCACCAGCGUGACCACCGCCACGGCGACCGGCAACUUUCCCGAGCAAAAACCAUGGUACAGGCAGCCGAAUCCUCUACGAUGGGGCAAGAUCCCUCCCGUGCCAAUCGAGAAAGAAGAGUGCCCCGAGCACAAGGCGGGCUUUCUCAGUUCGCUCGUCUUCCACUGGAUCGCCCCGCUGAUGAGCCGGGGUUACAAGCGGCCACUCGAGUUCAACGACAUCUACAGCGUCAAUCCGGACCGCGCCGUCGAUCCCCUGACCGACAAGCUGCGUGCCUCGUUCCAGCGCCGCGUUGACGCCGGCGAGAAGUAUCCCCUGGUCUGGGCCAUCAACGAGACCUUCUUCUGGGAGUUCUGGCUCGGUGGCUUCUGCAGUUUGAUGUCUUCCAUCCUGCAGGUCAUGUCCCCCUUUACGCUGCGCUACUUGAUUCAGUUCGCGGCGGACGCCUACAUUGCAAGCCUGCGGGGUCUUCCAGCACCGCAUAUUGGAUCCGGCGUUGGACUGGUCAUCGGCGUGACCACCAUGCAGGCCCUGCAAAGCUUGGCUACCAACCACUUUAUUUAUCGUGGUAUGCUCGUCGGCGGCAUGUCGAGGGCUUCGCUGAUCAGCCUGAUAUACGAGAAGUCCAUGGUCAUAUCUGGACGGGCCAAAGCUGGCGGCGCAGAGCUCGCUGACAACCCGGCUGCGAAGGCGGCACGGGAACGGACAAAGAAGGUUGAUGCGAGUCAAGGCAAGCAUGAAAAAGGGCGGGCAGGGAAUCAACAAGGAAUUACCGGAGAGGGCGAGGGAUGGGGUAACGGAAGAAUUAUGGCGCUGAUGAACGUCGAUACAUACCGAGUAGACCAAGCAUGUGGUCUGUUCCACAUCAUCUGGACUGCUCCCAUCUCUUGCCUCAUUACCCUUGCCUUGCUCAUCGUCAACCUGACCUACAGCGCCCUGGCUGGCUUCGCACUCCUGGUAAUCGGCGUGCCCUUGCUCUCGAAGGCCGUGAAGAAUUUGAUCAAGCGUAGAAAGGCAAUUAACAAGAUAACGGACCAGAGAGUCAGCCUCACCCAGGAGAUACUGCAGUCGGUCCGCUUCGUCAAGUUUUUCGGCUGGGAGAACUCUUUUCUGCAGCGCCUCCAGCACUUCAGAAGCCGCGAAGUCUCGGCAAUCCAGAUGGUGCUGGGCAUUCGCAAUGCCAUCUUGGCCAUUAGUCUGUCUCUGCCAGUUUUCGCCUCCAUGCUGGCCUUCAUCACAUAUUCCUUGACCGGCAACAACCUCGGACCCGCUGAGGUGUUUUCUUCCUUGGCUCUCUUCAACGGCUUGAGGAUGCCUCUGAACAUGCUUCCACUGGUCAUUGGCCAGGUCACGGAUGCAUGGUCGUCGCUCUCGCGUAUCCAGGAGUUCCUGCUGGCUGAGGAGCGCGAGGAGGAGGCCAUCUUCAAGUCAGACGCUCCGAAUGCUGUCGAGAUGCAUAAUGCCUCUUUCACCUGGGAGAGGACGCCGACGCAGGAUUCUGAAGGGACUGUUGCUGGCCCGGGCACGGGAAGGGGAAGGGGGGGGCCGAAAGCUGCUGCGGAAACGAAUGACCACUCGGCGACUGACUCCAGCGAAGAGGCCAGCACCCUGGUGGAAGAGCAAGAGCCGUUCAAGCUCCAGGAUCUGAACCUUGAGAUUGGCAGAAACGAACUCGUUGCUGUUAUUGGUACCGUCGGAAGCGGAAAGACGUCUUUGCUGGCCGCCUUGGCUGGCGAUAUGCGCAAGACGAAUGGCGAGGUCAUUUUGGGCGCUUCCAGGGCCUUCUGCCCGCAAUACGCCUGGAUUCAGAACGCAACGGUGCAACAAAACAUCCUUUUUGGCAAGGAGAUGGAUAAGCAGUGGUAUGCCGAUGUUAUCAAGGCGUGUGCUCUGCAGCCAGAUUUGGACAUGUUGCCCAAUCACGAUAUGACCGAGAUUGGAGAAAGAGGCAUUACCAUCUCCGGUGGUCAGAAGCAGCGGCUGAACAUCGCCCGUGCCAUCUAUUUCGAUGCCGACAUUGUGCUGUUGGACGACCCCCUGAGCGCCGUUGACGCUCACGUCGGUCGCCACAUCUUUGACAAUGCUAUUCUCGGCCUGCUCAAGGACAAAUGCCGGGUAUUGGCGACUCACCAGCUCUGGGUCUUGAGCCGCUGCGACCGCAUCAUCUGGAUGGAAGGCGGCAGGAUCCAGGCGAUUGACACAUUCGACAACCUCAUGAAGAACUCGGAGGGCUUCCAGCAGCUUAUGGAGUCGACGGCCAUCGAGGAGAAGAAAGACGAGGUUGCGCCUGCUCAAGUCCCGGGGGAUAACGGCCAGUCCAACAAGAAGAAGCAGGCUAAGGGCUUGAUGCAGACCGAGGAGAGGGCCAUCGCAAGCGUACCGUGGUCCGUCUACGCUACAUACAUCAGGGCGUCGGGCUCGAUGCUCAAUCUUCCCAUUGUCAUCGGGCUCUUGGUCUUGUCACAAGGGGCCAACAUUGCUACCAGCCUGUGGCUCUCUUGGUGGACGUCCGACAGAUAUGGUUUCUCCAUGGGGCAGUACAUAGGAGUCUACGCCGGGCUCGGCGCCGUCCAGGUCCUGAUCAUGUUUGGCUUCAUGGUCUCGCUCUCCAUUUUUGGGACAACAGCGAGCAAAAACAUGUUGCAGCAAGCCGUAUCCAGCGUGCUGCGAGCUCCCAUGGCCUUCUUCGACACUACGCCACUGGGCCGCAUAACGAACCGGUUCAGCCGCGACGUCGAUGUCAUGGACAACAAUCUCACGGAUGCGAUGCGCAUGUACUUCUUCAGCGUUGCCUCCAUCCUCGCCGUGUUUGCCCUCAUAAUCGCCUUCUUCUACUAUUUCGCCAUUGCCCUGGUGCCCCUGUUUAUCAUCUUCCUCCUCGCCACGAGCUACUAUCGCGCUUCCGCUCGCGAGGUCAAGCGGAUCGAGUCCAUUCUCCGGUCCACGCUCUCGGCCAAGUUUUCCGAGGGCUUGUCAGGUAUUGCCUGCAUCAGAGCGUACGGAUUGAAAGAUCGGUUUGUUGCCGACUUGCGCAAGGCGAUUGACGACGUCGACUCGGCCUACUUUCUCACCUAUUCUAAUCAGAGGUGGCUGUCGGUUCGACUCGACAUGAUCGGGAACCUGCUCGUCUUCACGACUGGCAUUCUGGUUGUAACGUCACGCUUUUCGGUUGACCCUUCGAUUGGCGGUCUGGUCCUGUCAUACAUUCUUGCCAUCGUCCAGAUGAUUCAGUUUACUGUGCGGCAGCUGGCUGAAGUGGAGAAUGGCAUGAACUCUGUGGAGCGUCUUCGCUACUACGGAACAGAACUGGAGCAGGAGGCGCCCCUGAGGACGAUCGAGGUUCGCAAGACGUGGCCGGAGAUGGGCGAGAUCAUCUUCGACAACGUCGAGAUGCGCUACAGAGCGGGACUCCCGCUCGUGCUGCAAGGUCUCAGCAUGCAUAUUCAGGGCGGCGAGCGUAUCGGCAUCGUCGGACGCACCGGAGCCGGAAAAAGCUCCAUCAUGUCGGCGCUGUUCCGCCUUGUCGAGCUAUCCGGAGGCCACAUCACGAUCGACGGGCUCGACAUAUCCACCAUCGGCCUCCAGGACCUGCGCUCUCGGCUCGCCAUCAUCCCGCAGGACCCUACGCUCUUCCGCGGCACGGUGCGCAGCAACCUCGAUCCGUUUGGGGAACACACUGACCUCGAACUCUGGUCCGCUCUCCGGCAAGCCGACCUCGUCCCCGCCGACGGCGGGCCACCGGGUACAGAGCCGCAGGGCGGCUCCCUCAACAACAAUAGCAACCACCCUGCCACGACCGCCAAAGACACCAACCGCAUCCACCUCGACACGGUUGUCGAAGAAGACGGCCUCAACUUCUCGCUCGGCCAGCGGCAGCUAAUGGCGCUCGCGCGGGCCCUUGUUCGGGGUUCGCAGAUCAUUGUCUGCGACGAGGCGACGUCGAGCGUCGACAUGGAAACGGACGACAAGAUCCAGGCGACGAUUGCGAGCGGGUUCAGGGGCAAGACGCUGCUGUGCAUUGCGCAUCGCUUGCGAACCAUCAUUGGCUAUGACCGGAUCUGUGUCAUGGAUAAAGGGCGGAUCGCCGAGAUCGGCCCCCCCCUGGAGCUGUGGCGGAUGGAAGGGGGGAUUUUCAGGGGAAUGUGUGAACGGAGUGGGAUUAGGAUGGAGGAUAUCCGUGGUGCGAGGGACGGGGUGCUGCGGGAGCAGGAGCGGCAUCACCAUCAGCAGGAGCAGGAGCAGGAGCAGCAUCACCAGCAGCAGAAGCGGUCGUCGCAGCAAGGGGGAACGGUGGCAUCUUAG